CGUGUUUUUUUUUAUUUUUUUUUUUUUUGCUUUUUUUUUAAUUUAUUAUUUUGUUGGUAUGAGAAAGUGUAAAGUGCUGGGUGCCAAAAUUUUUAGAAUAUAAUUUACUUCUUUCUGACAAUGAAAGCAAAAACAAAAUUUGUUGCUGCUGUUGUUUUUGUUGCUGGUGGUGCAACGGCGGCACUUACACAAACACACUGCCACCAGCACACACACACACGCACACACAAACACGCACACACCUACGGCGAGACACGGAUGCAGGCACACAAACACAGACAAAGGACCAGAUUUCGUUGAAAGGCUCCUGCGGCAGGCGACGCCUCUUGUGCUUUGUUUGCUGGUUUUUCCGAUCGAGGGGCGUGCGAAUUGCUUACAAUUUGCCUUACAUACCGCAUUCGACUCGGUCUGUGGGCGAGGAGUGUGGGAACCGAGAGCAACUGCAGUUAAAUGCACUUUAUUUUGCCGACCGACCGCACGACAACCGCGCUACACGAAUAUUCCGGACAGUGUGACCGUGCCGAGUCUGCGCACAAAAACCGAACACUUGCGGGAAAACACCCUAAAUGUUCCGGGAAUUGCGCUUAGCCAAGUUUGAAACCAGUUGAUUUACAUUAUUCGGUAAAUUUAAGGCAAUUGCAAACGGUCACACUUAAAAAAGGAAAACAUUUGUUUUACAUUUGAGAUUCAGGAAAAUAUGCCAAUUUUGACUUGAAUUGACUGUUACAAUUGAUAGCCAUGAGCACACCUCGCAAGAACUAUAACAACCUUCCGCCCUACUGCCCACAAGGCGGCCAGUAUCCAUCGCAGUCCGCAGACUACAGAUCCCAGCAAUUCGGUGGCCAACAGAAGCCACAAAAUCCAAACUUUGGCUUCUACGAGGACAAACAGGGCCAGCAAAAUGUUCCCCAUUUCUACCAGAACAAAUCUCCACAGGAGCCGCAACGGCCUCGACCCUACGGGCAGGGCAGGAACUUCGGACGCGGCGGCAACUUCCAUCGCAGGAACCAACAGAACUGGGAUCAGAAUCCGAGGCACCACCAAAACAGGGAGCACAACCAGAGCGGCGGCUCCUACGGCCAGUACUUCCAUCCCUCCAUGCUGGAGGAUCCCUGGCGGGAGCUAAUGGAACGCCACGAGGCCAUACACGGCCCCAGCACUAGCCGAACUUCACCGAAAGAGUUAGCGACUACUUAGGACUGAAGUUAAUGUGUAUAAUAUAAGACUAAGAGCUAGCAGAGAUUAUUUUAGUUAAUCCCUGUAUAACAAUUACCUAAAACCGAAAUAAGAGUUACAGUCUACAUA